CGAAUCUCACAGGGUGGACGGACGGAACAUAGAAUACUCGUAGUUAAUACUCAAUAAUAUUCUGUUCUUUUGUUCUGGCUCCGCUCGCAUGCCUCUGUCCUUGCACAAACACUACUGCAUAGUGGGAAGAAAAAGCACAGCGGCGAUACCCGUGGCGGGCAGCGACACCGACCACACCGCAACGGCAACGGCAACGGCAACAGAUAGCAUGGACCCCCUCCUUGCGCCGCCGCCGCCCCCUCGGGCCCGGCCGGCCUCUCCGCCGAAGAUCUUUGUAGUCGACGCGGCCACGACGCUUCUUUGGGCCGCCUUUCGGGUCCUGGAGUGCGUCCUCUGGAUCCCCGCCCUGGUGUGGCUCCGAGCCUCCCACCGGAGGCGGGCGGCGGCGGGAAUUGUCGCCACCCGGACGAUUGUUGUGGUCGGAGGAAAUUUUGCCGGCCUCGCCGCCCUGUGGGAACUCCUCGCGUGGCAGCGGAAAAGAAACAAGGCAGCCUCCCUCGCAAGCGGCGACAACACCGCCGGCGUCCGCGUCCGCGUCGUCCUGAUCGAUCGGAAGGAUUACUCCGAAUACACGCCGGGGAUUCUGCGCCUGUUCUGCGAGCCGGGGUAUUUCUUUCGCCUGGCGCAGUCCCUGCCGGAGUCGAGCGAGGAGGACGGCUUUCGGCGCAUCCACGGAACCGUCACCAGCAUCGUUGGGGAGCGCGGCGCCGACGAACGAGGCACCAGCCACAAUCCGACCAGAACCACGGAGGCCAGCGAAGAGAACGUGGAAAAGGUCCUGACGUACCUUCCUUCGUGCAACGGAGCGGAAACGGCCGCCGCAACGACAACGAAAACACUGCGGUACGACUACCUGAUCCUCGCCACCGGUGCGGCCUACCACGCCCCGAUCUCACCAGCGGCGUGGAGUGCGAGUGCGAGUACGAACGGAACGGCAGACACGAGCCAGGCGACAUCCCCAAACAUGCUCGACCGCUACCGGGAGUGGAAGACCGCGCACGAACGCCUCAAGGGAGCGAAACGGGUGCUGAUUCUGGGGGGGGGGGCCGUGGGCGUGGAGCUGGCGGCGGAAAUCAUCGACCACGACCCACCGAGAAGCAACGGCAGCGGUGGCGUGGCGGUGACGAUUCUCGACGCCCAGCCCACGCUGGUUCCCCUCUUUCCGAGGUCCGUUGGUGCCUAUGCCGAGGACUGGCUGACCCGCCGGGGCGCCGAGCUGCGCCUCGGAGAGUCCCUCCGGUCCUGGAACGACCGGAGCUGCACCCUGGCGGACGGGACGGUCUUGCACGCCGAUGUCGUCUACGUGUGUUUCGGAAACCGUCCCAACUCGGAGGCGGUGGGCGCGUCGUCUUCCAGCGGGGCCGCUUCCUCCGGGAGGGAAACGAGGGCGUUUUUCUCCCUCACAAAACGCCGCACCGUAUCGGUGAGGGACACCCUCCAGCUUUGCGUCGGCCCCGCCGCGAACGAUGGGAGAGCCGGCCUCGGUGUUCCGGACGGCACCGGGGAAACGCGGUCGACCACCCCAUGGUUUGCGUGCGGAGACGUUGCCAGCCCGCCCACCAACGACGAAAAGCAAGCCUUCCAGGCCGAGAUGCAGGGAAAGGUCGCGGCCCGCAACGCAAUCCGGCUGCUGGAGUCGUCGCUCCUGCCGGCGUCGGCGGCGAACGGGGCCCGCCUCCUCCGAUACCCGUUGGACAUUGCCGGAGCCGACCGCAUCCCGCUGGUCUUUGUUCUCAGCCUGGGGCGGUACGACGGCGUACUGGGUUUCAACCACAUUUGCAUCCCGGGUCCGCUGGCCGCCGUGGUCAAGUGGAUCCUGGAAUACACCAAGGUCUCGCACAUGCGGGGCCGCCUACUGGGAAACCUCGUUUGGAAAAUCGGCGACGCGGUCACCCUCUUUCUGUCUCGGACCGUGCUGCGACCGGCCUCGCCGGUGCCACCGACCGCAGAGGCACGCGCAAUCGCAAGCGCGAACACAAAUGCAAACGCAAACACAAACACCCAAAGAUCUCUGGCAGCCUUGUCAAACACGACCGAUGGCGGCAAGAGCAGCAGCGGCGGUCCCAUCCAGCGAACGGCUUCUUCCGCUUCGUUGUAUGGGACGCGGCAGCAACGACAGCUGGAACAGCAGCUGAAACUUUCCUGACGGUACUGUACAAGAGUGGUGGUUAUUAUCACACGGGUCAUACAGCGAUAAAUACAAUUUUGUGCGAACGGUACGGUGUUGUUUCGGUGGCAGCGGCAAACGGCGGUAACAAAAUCCACCGAUUUUGGAUUGUCAUUGGUUUUCCUCGGUACCAAUAAGAAAAAUUUAGCUUCAAGGAAAUUUUUAAUUCUCAUUUUUACUGCAUAAUACUAGUAGCAAACCUAUCCAACAACCUUCAGUGUGCACCAAGAACUUCAUCAAAAAUACUACUAUAAUAAUUUAUGAAUACAGCC